GAGACUUUAGAAGUGAAGUAACAAAAACGAAAGCGAAGCAUAGAUAAAUCGCAUCGCGACCGGACUUUCUCUUCUCUGUCGAUCUCGGGCGGGAGAGACGGAAACUGUAGAUCGCGUUGCCUGCAACUUCGAGCCCUACUUUGGAGGUGUAAGGAGCACAAUUUCAGACAUAAAAUCCAGUUAUGUCGUCAUCAACUGAAAUUAUUGAUCCUACAGAUCCUAUCGUAUCGGAGAGGGAAAAUUUUUACCUCUCAGGACCUUUGCACCUCACCACAGUUAACUGGGCAGAUCCCGACCACCGAAGGUCCGUUGCUGCAUGCAUGGUUCAAAGUGUAUACAUUCUGGAACGAGACCGCCAAGAGAAACGAGAUGAGACCCGAGCCCUCGCCCCUCCAUGGUGGAAGUCCUUCGAUUUUCAGAUAUAUAAGCUGCUCGUCGACAACGCAGACCGUAGCAUAUUCGGCGCUAUAUUUCAACUCGCGCCAACGGAGUCGGUCGAAAAUCACGGCGAAGCUCCGCGCUACGUGAUUGCUUUCCGAGGCACGAUAACGAAAGGAGACGCCGUCGCACAAGACAUCGAACUCAACGUCCAGAUCCUCCAAAACCGUCUGCAUCAGACACCCCGGUUUGAGGCAGCAAUACAAGCCGUCCGACACGUCGUCGCAACGUUCGGGAGCUCCAAUGUCUGGCUAGCCGGGCAUUCCCUCGGCGCCGCAAUGGCGAUGCUUGCCGGGAAGACCACGGCGAGGACAGGCGUUCUCCUCGAGUCGUUCCUGUUCAACCCGCCCUUCGUUUCCGCCCCGAUCGAGAGGAUUCAGGACAAGAAGGUGAAGCAUGGGAUUCGAUUUGCGGGGAGCGUGAUAACCGCCGGGCUCGCUCUGGCAUCGAAGAACCGAACCGACCGUUCUUCCGACGCUUCGUUUACCGCGCUGGCGGCGUGGGUCCCGGGCUUGUUUGUGAAUCCGGCCGACGACAUAUGCUCGGAGUACGUGGGGUACUUCGAGCACCGAAAACGGAUGGAGGAUAUGGGAGUCGGGGCGAUCGAACGGCUGGCGACGCAGCACUCGAUCGGAGGGUUCUUGAUGAAUGCAUUGGGCCGGCCGGCCGGAGGAGACCCGGUUCAUCUUAUUCCGUCGGCGACGGUGUCGGUGAACCGUUCUCCGGCGAGGGACUUCAAGGAUGCUCAUGGAAUACAUCAAUGGUGGAGAGAGGAUCUUCGUUUGGAUACAAAGACUUACACUUUCAAGUGAUGGUAUGAUUCUUACCCUCUCUCUCUAUAUAUAUAUCAAUUUAGUUGAAAAUAUGUGGGAAUUUUAGGUGAAAUAUGAGGAUAUAUGUUGUGUUUUUUUUUGGAUUGAAACAAGAUUUGUUCGUAAAUAUAUUCACUUCUAUUUCA